CGUCAAUGAAGGCCAAAGCGCCGCUUGGAACUAACAGCAGCGACCAUUUUUUUUUUUUUUUUUUUUUUUUGGUACUGGGUGGUUGUUUCCUGAGGCGGGAAGGAAAGAGUAGUAGUGUCUGCAAGAGUGGGUAAGCGGCAUGGCGGAUACUUUGGAGUUCAAUGAUAUUUAUCAGGAAGUGAAAGGUUCUAUGAAUGAUGGUCGCUUGCGCUUGUCCCGUGCUGGCCUUAUGUACAAGAACAACAAGACUGGAAAGGUGGAGAACAUUUCUGCUGCAGAUAUUGCAGAAGUAGUAUGGAGACGUGUUGCCCUUGGACAUGGCAUAAAACUGCUCACAAAUGGAGGACAUGUGUAUAAAUAUGAUGGCUUUCGUGAUACAGAGUAUGACAAGCUGUUUGAUUAUUUCAAAUCUCAUUUUCGUGUGGAAUUAGUAGAGAAGGAUUUGUGUGUGAAAGGAUGGAACUGGGGCAGUGUGAGAUUUGGAGGACAGCUGCUUUCGUUUGAUAUAGGAGAUCAGCCAGCCUUUGAACUUCCACUUAGUAAUGUUUCUCAGUGUACCACAGGGAAGAAUGAGGUGACACUUGAAUUUCAUCAGAAUGAUGACUCUGAGGUCUCUCUCAUGGAGAUACGUUUCUAUGUCCCUCCCACACAGGACGAUGGAGGGGACCCUGUAGAGGCAUUUGCUCAAAAUGUUCUCUCUAAAGCAGAUGUUAUCCAGGCUACAGGUGAUGCAGUUUGUAUAUUCCGUGAACUCCAGUGUCUUACUCCACGUGGACGUUAUGAUAUACGUAUAUAUCCUACCUUUCUCCACUUGCAUGGAAAAACGUUCGACUACAAAAUUCCAUACACUACAGUGUUGCGCCUUUUCUUGCUGCCACACAAGGACCAAAGACAAAUGUUCUUUGUAAUUAGCUUGGACCCACCUAUAAAGCAGGGGCAGACACGUUAUCACUUUCUGAUUCUGCUCUUCUCAAAAGAUGAGGACAUGACUUUGACACUCAACAUGAGCGAGGAAGAGGUUGAGAGGCGUUUUGAGGGAAAGCUUAAAAAGAAUAUGUCAGGCUGUCUUUAUGAGAUGGUCAGUCGUGUUAUGAAGGCUUUGGUAAACCGCAAGAUAACUGUCCCAGGAAAUUUUCAGGGCCACUCUGGAUCACAGUGCAUUACAUGUUCAUACAAGGCCAGUUCAGGGUUGCUCUAUCCAUUGGAACGUGGCUUUAUCUAUGUUCAUAAACCACCUGUGCACAUAAGAUUUGAUGAAGUCAACUGUGUCAACUUUGCCCGUGGUACCACAACUACACGCUCAUUUGACUUCGAGAUAGAAACAAAACAAGGUUCACAGUAUACUUUCAGCAGCAUUGAAAGGGAGGAAUACGGAAAGCUGUUUGAUUUUGUGAACGCUAAAAAACUAAGUAUUAAAAAUAGAGGACUAAAAGAGGGUAUGAAACCAGCAUAUGAUGAUUAUGCAGACUCUGAUGAAGAUCAACAUGAUGCUUAUCUAGAAAGAAUGAAAGAGGAGGGGAAGAUUCGUGAGAAUGCAGAUAGCGAUGAGUCUGGUGACGAAACUGAUGAAUCAUUUAACCCAGGAGAGGAAGAAGAUGAAGUUGCUGAAGAGUUUGAUAGUAAUCCCUCUGCAAGCUCCUCUAGUGCUGACAGUGAUGAUGAUGCAGAGAAAAAAAAAGAAGCUAAAAGAGCUAAAAUUGUGAAAGAGAAGAAACCAAGAAAAAAAAAAGAGUCAAAAAAAACCAAAGACCCAAGUGCUCCAAAGCGCCCCAUGUCUGCCUAUAUGCUGUGGUUAAAUGCGAGUCGGGAGAAGAUUAAAAGUGAAAAUCCAGGGAUCAGCAUAACUGACCUAUCCAAGAAAGCAGGGGAAAUUUGGAAGAGCAUGAGCAAAGAUAAAAAAGAGGAGUGGGACCGAAGAGCAGAAGAAGCCAAGAGGGAUUAUGAAAAAGCUAUGAAAGAGUACAAUUCAAGUACACCUACUGAGGCAUCAAAAAAGGAAAAAAAAGCAAAAGGAGAAAAAAAAAAAAAAGCAGAGUCAUCAGAGAAGAAAAAGCAUGUGAAAGCAUCAUCACCAGCCAGAGCAGCACUAAAAUCGAACACUGACAGCUUCAAAAGCAAAGAGUUUGUGUCCAGUGAUGAAAGUUCUUCUGACGACAGCAUACAGAAGAAAGAUUCGGAGGAAAUUGCCAGCACCCCGGAUAGCUCAGCUGAAUCGGGUUCAGAUUAAUCAAGCCAUCCCAUCAAAAUAGCGCUGUGCUUUGAAAAUGUGUAAAAGUUAAUAUACAUUUGAUGUAAUAUCAAAAUUGCAUCAUUAUGGGUGUUAUCUUUUGAUCUCAGUCUUUUUUGACUUUUUGUAUGAAUUUUCUUUUUCCUUUGUGUUGCAUUUAUGUUUGAAAAUAAAAUGUUAAAUUCUUGUGAUUUACAGUCUGACUUCAGUUUUGCAAUACUGAGAAUAGCCUUUAAGUCAUUUAACCUCAGAACUCUCCAUUAAUUGUGCCAUUCUUUCUGGGAAAUAUGUUUCAGAUUGUCUCUCUAGCAUUCUCGCAAUUUCUGGAUCUUUUUUUGUCAAUUAUUUGUCGCAUGAUGGCAGCCCACAAAGUUUAUUAUUAAAGGUCACACAUAGCAGAACUAAAACCCUUCCAAUCUUGUAGGCUAUAAUGAUUAAUAUAUGGCACUACUUUCACUUUGGGGUAAAAAUUAAUACUAUCUUUAAAAAUGGCCCCUUUAUUGGAGCUCAUAUAGAUAGGUUACAGCCCCUUUUUGUGUUUAUAUAAGAGGUGGGUGUGUUCUAUUGUCAGAUAUCAGAAGUCACUUGAGGUGUAAAAUUAAGUUUGUCACGAGCUGCAGUGUGGAUUCUGCAUUUUGAGAAGUCAGAAUACAGAAAAAUUGGGAUAUUUACUGAGGGAUAUUUACACCUCAAAAAGUAUAAACUAAGGAGUGCAAACAGUAUGAAAGGGGUGCCACAGUAAACUUUCAAAGAAAAAGCACUCCAAAAAAAUAAAACCAUAUGGGUACAAAAUGCGUAAGGCAAGGAAGUGCAGGGUUUGUAUAUUUUAUAUGGUGGGCUAAUAAAAAAUUAGCUUUGUCCUGUAUUCUGACUUUCAAAGAAAAAGUAUUGGGAGGGUUAUAUAUACCCUCUUACAAAGACGUGUUAAAUCAAAACUCUGUACUCUUACGAUCCAGUCCUCUUAACAAGCAAAGCCUUGACAAAGGACAAAACUACCUUGGUGGGGAGCGCUUGCAGAUAUGGCUCCACGUUAAGCAGGCAGUAAUUACACAGUAGGAUGACACCAAACACAAUGAUGUACAAAACAAAUGGAAUAUGCCACUGAACCAUCCCCAAGUUGAGGGGUCUAGCCAGGAAUAGAUGAACAAUUUAGUGUGGUUAGAAAGAACUCUCUUUCAUCUGCUUAACCCAGGGAUCCCCAACCUUUUUCACCCGUGAGCAACAUUUAAAUGGAAAAAGUGUUGGGGAGCAACACAAUCAUGAAAAAGGUUUCUAGGAGUAGCAAUAAGAGCUAUAAUUGGCUACUUAAUAGCCCCUAUGUGGACUGGCAGCCUACAGAAGGCUCUGUCUGGUAUUAUACUUGGUUUUUAUGCAACCAAAACUUGCCUCCUUACCAGAAAUUCAAAAAUAAUCACCUGCUUUGAGGCCACUGGGAGCAACAUCCAAGGGGUUGGGGAGCAACAUGUUGCUCACGAGCCACUGGUUGGGGAACACUGGCUUAACCUAUGCUAAUUGUUAAACUGCUUUAUCUUUGUUGUAGGAAUCAUGAAUGUAAUUGGUUAUUUAAAUAAAGUUAGCCAUGGUGCAUUACAAUG